CUAGAUGACGAGCUCCUUUUUAUCUGCGAGUCCGACCAGCCAGACACCCUUGAAAAUGUCAUCCAACAACGAGCACUCAUCACUCCAGACUAUAUCCCCCCUCUCUCUACCAUAAUGGCUGCGGCAGUCUACCAUGACUCCUCCGCUAUCGUCGCCAACUGUCUCUCCAAAAAAACAAAAGUGGUCGACCCCAUCAUGACCUUCAUCGCGCAGCGCGGUGCCUGGAAAAGUUAUAAACUCAUCAUUGAAGCUGGGGCAAUCGACAUCAACUACGUCAUACCCUGGUAUGGGGAUAUUCUCAGCACAGUCGCUACUAAUAAUGAUUUGAAGAUGGCGCAAUUUUGUUUAGAACAUGGAGCAGAUCCGAAUCGGAACCGGGUCGACGAGUAUAAGACUGUGAUUGCUGCUACUGCUGAACUUGGGUAUGUGGAUAUGGUGGCGUUGUUAUUGGAGUAUGGGGCUGUCUUGAAGGGGAGCGGGGCUAUUGUACUAGCGGCUGAGGAGGGAGAGAUUGAGAUGGUAAGGUUUCUGUUGGAAAGGGGCGCUGAUGUUGACGAGGUUGGUGUGGAGGAUCCACUGGAUGAGAGGACGAAGGAGGAUGUGGGAAGUGCGAUGCAUCAUGCGAUUGAGAAUUCGCAUGGGGAGGUGGCA